UGUUCGCAGAUGCCGGACUUUAUUCCCUUCCUUGUUCUUGUUAAAUGCAGUUGGGUAAGGGAGGUGGUUAGGAAGCAGAGAUCCUGAUUUUCAAAAAGAACAUUUGUCCAGAGAUCUUAAAGUAAUGGCCAUUUCACAGACCUUUGGUUAUAUAGAAAAAUGUGAUCAUUCAAGAAAUGACCCCUAAGGUAUUCAACACACCUUUGAACCGAGGACCUGGCUCAGAAGUUUAUUUAGAAGAUGAAAUUUGGAUUUAUUGCAGUUUUUUGAAACUGUCUUGACUCCCUUCGAAUUUCGGGAUGAAAGUCUACGAUACUGACAAUGUGAAGCCAUUGGAGGGUGUAAAGAUUCUGGAUCUAACGAGAGUACUGGCGGGACCUUUUGCUACUAUGAAUUUAGGAGAUCUUGGAGCAGAAGUUAUAAAAGUGGAAAGACCAGGAGCUGGUGAUGAUACACGAACUUGGGGUCCACCUUUUGUGGGGACAGAAAGUACUUAUUUUCUCAGUGUUAACCGAAAUAAAAAAAGUAUAGCUGUUAAUAUCAAGGAUCCAAAAGGGGUGAAAAUCGUCAAAGAGCUUGCGGCCGUUUGUGAUGUAUUUGUAGAGAACUAUGUCCCUGGCAAACUGUCUGCGAUGGGGCUGGGCUAUGAAGAUAUCAACAAGAUUGCACCUCACGUGGUCUACUGUUCCAUCACAGGUAUUUCAACCCCACGCCCUUGUCG